UUCUACUUGGCUCACACAUCUUCUGUUCUUCUAAAAAGGCAAAACAAGAUGAAGAAUGUCAUGGUGGUGAUUGACGAGAGCUACUCGAGUUACGAAUUGCUCUUCUGGGUCCUCCAAAAUCUGAAAGAUUCCAUCAGAAGCUCCAAAGUUUUGAUCUUUGCAACCCAGCCCCUUGUCUCCAUCAAUCCCAGUCUAUUUGCCUCUUUCGGCUAUGCCCAGAUGUUCUUUCCAUUUUCAGCAAAUGCAGAGUUAACAUGGCUGGCGCAGAAAAAGAGCAAGACGAUUUGUCUGGGGAUAUUGGAGAGAGCCAAGAAGAUAUGCGCAGAUCACGGGAUCAAAGCGGAGACAGUUACAGAAGCUGGAGAUCCGAAGGAUGUCAUCUGCAGGAUAGCUGAAGAACACAAGAUCGAUUCACUCGUCAUCACUGACCAACACAACAGGAAUCUUGCAAGGUUUUCGUCGGGAGGUCUGAGUGGGUACUGCUCGCGUAAGGCAAAGUGCUCCGUCCUUGUUGUGAAGAGUGAGACUUGAAAAAAAGUUGUUAAUGGAUAUAUAUAUAUAUAUAUAUAUAUGUUAGAGGUGACCCUUUGGUACAAAAGUUUAUGUGUGUGUAUAUAUAUAUAUAUAUAAACAAGGAAAAUGGGUCAAUGUUAUUAUUAUCAUUGAUGGA